UAUGGACAAAUGGGCGUUAUUUAUGCAAGAAGAUAAUAUAUUAAUACCGCAUUUAUCACCCGAAAAUAACUGUACACCAAAAUACAAAAAUAUCCACAAGUCAAAACACAUCACUCCGGAUCCCAAUCAAUUCCCCUCUGCAAUAAUUCAUCUCUGUCAACAGCACCAAAACCAAUGGGGAAGAAGGCAGUGCUGAUCGGAUGCAACUACGCCGGAACCAAGGCGGAGCUCCGCGGAUGCGUCAACGACGUCAAACGAAUGUACCGGUGUCUCGUCGACCGUUACGGUUUCUCAGAGGACGAUAUCAACGUCCUCAUCGAUACCGACGACUCCUACACUCAACCUACCGGCCGUAACAUCCGCAAAGCUCUUUCAGAUCUCGUCAGCUCCGCCGAGCCUGGCGACUUUCUCUUCGUUCAUUACAGCGGUCACGGUACUCGUCUUCCCGCGGAGACCGGUGACGAUGACGAUACCGGAUAUGAUGAGUGUAUUGUGCCUUGCGAUUUUAAUCUGAUUAACGAUGACGAUUUCAGGGAGCUGGUUGAUCAAGUUCCUCAUGGUUGCAGAAUAACCAUUGUAUCAGAUUCAUGCCACAGUGGUGGACUGAUUGAUGAGGCUAAAGAGCAAAUCGGCGAAAGCUACAAAAACGAUACAAACGAAGAAGAAGAAGAUGAGAAAGAAAGCGGGUCGGGUUUCGGAUUCCGAAGCUUCUUACAUAAAACCGCUGAAAACGCAUUGGAGUCCCGUGGCAUUCGUCUUCCUUCUGGAUUACGCCAUAACAAGCAUCGCGAAGAAGAAGAAGAAGUAGAAGAAGAAGAAAGAACAUACAGAGAUCUCCAUGUUAAAAACAAAUCAUUACCUAUCUCUACCCUCAUUGACAUACUAAAACAACAAACCGGCAAAGAUGAUAUAGAUGUCGGGAAAGUGCGGCCUACGUUAUUCGAUAUGUUCGGUGAAGAUUCGAGUCCGAAGGUGAAAAAGUUCAUGAAUGUGCUCUUAAACAAGCUCCAAGGCGGUGAAGGUGGCGGCAGUGGUGGCGGUGGUGGUUUUUUCGGAAUGGUCGGGAGUCUAGCUCAGGAGUUUCUAAAGCAAAAACUCGAAAACGAUUCCGAAUAUGUAAAACCCGCAAUGGAAACCGAAGUUGGGAGGAAGGAAGAUGCAUAUGCAGGAUCAAAGAAACGGGAUUUGCCAGAAAAUGGGAUUUUGAUCAGCGGGUGCCAGACACACGAGACUUCAGCUGACGCCACACCAAGUGGCAAACCGGAUCAAGCUUAUGGGGCGCUCAGUAACACGAUUCAAAUGAUUCUUGAAUCGAAUGAUGAUGUUAGUAACUACAAGCUCGUGACUGAGGCGAGGAGGCUGUUAAAGAAACAGGGGUUCACUCAAAACCCGGGUCUUUACUGUGACGACAACCAUGCCGAGGCUUCUUUUGUGUGCUAAGCAUUGCGUGACAGACCCAACUCCAUAUAUGGUAUUUUGGAGCUUUAUAUGGUAUAUUUAUAUGUGUUUUUACUUGUGUGAUGGUUUUGAAAAAUAAUUCUGGACUUGGUAUUUGUGGAUUUGAUUUGUAAUUUGUCUUUGAACUUUAUUUAUGAUAUGUUUUCAAGUAUAAACCAAGUGGUGAUUUCUAUAUAAAA